AAGAACUGAGGCACUCAUCACGAGAUCACGGCAUUCGAUCACACGAGUACGCGCGAGGCCGCUCUGCACAGGUUAAUCGAGUCGGACGACGCUCCAACGGAGGGUGAAUGAUAUGUACGCAUGCUCCAUGUAGCUCACUCAUUUUCUCUACUUCACUUCUCGUCCUCUACUGGCUCGACAAGGCGACCGUGCCCGUCCGCACCCUCAUCGCUGUUCCCCUUCACCCUCCAGCGCACUCUUCGCACUCUUCGUCUUGCCUCCUCCUUUCUUCUGCUCCCUAGCGAUUGCUGCGUCCCGACGCUUCUGCAGCUCCUCACGCUCACGCUGAAUGAUGACGUCCUCCGUCAGCUCACGGUGGGCCAGGACUUCGGCGCGAACGCCCGCCGCCUUUGCUUUUUGGCCCUUCGCAUGCUUUUCCGGCGAGCUGAUCAGCUCGCGUGCUUCCUUUAUGUUGUCUUCGCGCACGCGCGCAGCAGCACGGAGUUCCGGUCGGUUCGCCGCAUAACGCGGGUUUUGCUAGGCAUUCUUCCUCUGCUUCCUCUCCUUGUUACGCUGAAUAGCUUGCUCGUCGCCCGCCUCGAUCGCCUGCCGACGCUUCGCUUCGCGAACGCGGUCGGCAGCGCAGAUUUCUUCUUGCUUCUCCGCAUAUCGUUCACGCUGCUUCUCAUUCCGCUUCACCUUCUUCUCUGGUUCGCGCCGCUUCUCGUUCCUCUUUCGCUUCCUCUCCGCCUCACGCUGGAUUUCCUCUUCGUCCCCAGCUUCGAUUGCCUGCUGACGUCGUUCGUUGCGUCGAUGCUGCCGCUCCAAGUCUGCCGCCUGGUUCGCGCGCUGAUGCAGGAUAGAGCGCCGGUGGGCAGGCUCCAGAGUAGCCAAGGUCUCAUCAUCGAACUUUCUCCCGCCCUUGUUCCGGGGGCGCUCUGGUUCUCGCGUUUCUUGCGAGGAGGAAGCCAUCGUGUUCUCCAAUUGUCAUCAAAGCUUUGCUUGGGUAUUGUCCGCUGAGGCUUUCGCCAGAGGAAGUGAAAGUGUGUAGGCUCCCUCUUGGAUAAUCGUCAAGCCGGCAGAAACUGCUGUUCUGAAGGUAAGAAAAGGUGUUUGUGCAGCGUCGAGAGUGAGGAGUAUAACAAAUAGGCCAGCUCCGUGAAUGAGCGUCAGUGAC